AUGGGUCAAUCUCAAUCCACCGGCUCAAAAGGCCCCCAAGAGCAACAAUCCGCGCGAAAGACAGACUAUUACGAGUUGUUGGGUGUUGCACCAGCUGCUACCGAUGAUGAGAUCAAAAAGGCAUAUCGAAAGAAGGCCCUCGAGUUGCACCCCGAUCGCAAUUACGGGAAUGCCGAGGAGGCUACAAAGCUUUUCGCUGAAAUUCAAUCGGCCUACGAGGUGCUCGCUGACCCUCAGGAGCGUGCGUGGUAUGAUUCGCACAGCGACGCAUUUUUGGGGACCAACGGAGGCUCUGAGGGGGAUCAACAUUCCUACAACAUUCGGAUCACGACUGCGGAAGAUGUCCUGAAGGUAUUCGCAAAGUUCAGCCCGCGAAUGGAAUUCUCAGAUUCGCCCAGCGGGUUUUUUGGCGGCCUCGGCGAUCAAUUUUCCCAAUUGGCGCUAGAGGAGCGACUGGCUUGCCAAUGGGAAGACCAAGACAUGGUGGAUUAUCCCCCCUUUGGGACGCAGGCCGACGAUUUUGAAUCAGUCGUGCGCCCAUUCUACGCCGCGUGGAGCGGAUUCUCAACGAGAAAAUCCUUCUCUUGGAAGGACGCUUAUCGUCUUUCCGAUGCCCCUGAUCGGCGAGUCCGCAGGCUCAUGGAAAAAGAGAAUCGGCGCCUUCGAGAUGAAGCUAUACGCGAAUUCAAUGAUGCCGUUCGGUCUCUUGUGGCAUUUGUCAAGAAGCGGGACCCACGCUACAAGGCUAAUGCUUUAAAUGAGGCUCAAAGGCAGGAGACUCUGCGUCAGUCCGUGGCAGCUCAGGCGGCAAGAUCUCGUGCGAUGAAUCAAGCAAAAAUGCGCGAUCAUAUCGUUCCCCAAUGGGCUCAGUCCGAAGAACCCGUGGCAGAUAACAGUCAAGAGACCUCGGAAAGUGAGGUCGAAAGCUUUGAAUGUGUGGCGUGCAAGAAGCAAUUCAAGAGCCAGAAGCAAUUUGAGGCUCAUGAACGUAGUAAGAAACAUUUGAAGGCUGUUAAGCAGCUGCGUCGGGAGAUGCUAUUGGAGAAUGAGCAGCUGGACUUGAAGCCUGCGGUUCAAGUUGACGCAUACCGUGGCUUCGAAGGCAUAAAUGAUCGCGAUAAUGAUCAUGAUGGAGACGAUAGUGACCACUGCUCUGGCCCCGUGGGCACCCAGCCGGAUAGCUCUGCUGUUCAAGAAGACGGUUAUCCCCAAGAUACUCUAUCAAUAAGUAGGAGUAAUCUUUCGGGCUCUGUAUCUGAGGAUGAGAAGUCCAUCGAAGAUGAGGACUAUGUGUCUAGGGAAACCAUUGAAACGAGGCUUCGCUCAGACUUCGAUCCUUUGCUGGGCGAUGACUCGAUUCCUGCGCUGACCGAGCAAUUGUCCUCUUCUGCGCUCAACGACGCACCAGCUGCGCCGCAGGUUGGCAAAGCUAAGCAGAAGCGGGCCAAAAAGGCAGCUCGGAAAACGGAAAAGCCCGGGGGGGGUUACAACCCUUCCCACGCGCAACCGAUUGCAGGUAAGGAAGAAGACGAUGAAGUUCGAAGCACCUUCAUCUCAUGGGUUUGA